GGCGACAUGAACAGACUCUGGCGGUGGCUAAAUGGCCACAAGGCCGUCAACCCGGGGGCGGAGCCUCCAGCAACCGCUGCCGAAGCCAACGGGGAGACCCCAGAGACGCGAGGAAUUCGUCUGAAGCAGCGGGAGCCGGAGUCGUCAUCCCACCCGGAUGCCCAGCUCUGCGGUGGCGAUGAUGUCCCACAGAUCUACGUGAAGACGAUCGCCGGCAAGAUCUUCAGCGUCGACUGGAACCCUACGGACACCGUUGAGAAUGUGAAAGUGAAGAUCCAGGACAAGGAAGGGAUUCCUCUAGACCGGCAGAGGCUGAUCUUCACUCAGAGCCAGCUAGAGAACGGUCAAACAGUCUACUACUACAACAUCCAGGCAGGGUCUACUCUGAACCUGGUUCUCGGGCUCCGUGGUGACAUGAACAGACUCUGGCGGUGGCUAAAUGGCCACAAGGCCUCCCUGCUCGACGCCGGGAGCCUUCGUCCGUAACUCUGCCUUGACCCUCGUGGCCGCGACCUCAGGGAGAUGACAUCUCGCCGCCCGAAAUUGAAGAGUUGAAUCCACAGCAUUUAGAAGUUGAGUGCUCAAAUUCUAAAUGUUGUGUAUUCGCUACUUUAAAGCAAAUUUACAUUUUGUACGGACGUCUUGUUAUUUAUUUAUUUGCGGAGGUCAACAACGGCGCGGUCCCUAAACUGUGGGAAAUCGUCUCACACGAAAAGCCGGCGCCAUUGAAGUACAUCUCGACCGCGAGUUAAACGAAGUUGUGAGUAAAACCGUCGUGUUUUUAAAUCCUUUAUAUUAAGUUCGCUUGCUUGCUUGCUUGGGACCGUGCAAAUCUUUCGGUCGUUUUUUAACCCACUUCCCGUGAUCCAAUCGAGCUGACAUUUUCCACACAGACUCGUUGUGCGUGACAAUUAAUGUUCGUGGAAAUUUUUUUCCAAAAUUUUACACUUUUUAGGACAAAAAUAUUAUAUUUAAUUACCAAUUGCUUAAUGGUGCAAUGCAAUCAUCUGACACAUAGGUGGCAGCCAUCUCAAGCCAGAGGACGAGAGGACUCUAGCUGCCACGCAUAUAAAGGAUUUAUAGUGAAAAACUUUGUUUUUACGGGUUAUACUUAUUUUUCUUCUUGGUUCUUUCGGUAAAGUCAUCACGUU